ACUCCUGAGUGCGCACUUUUGACCGAUCAGCUAUUGUCCUCGAAAAGACUUUGGGCCACAGACACUAACUAUGGACUAACUACUCUGUGCGGACGAAUCAGGAGUGAUUUUACAUAUUUGUGCAAGAUGAGGCGUCGCGCUCGGACAAGACUGGACACGACGGAUUGAAAAACACGGCCGUGUGGGCGCUGUUGUUGUUAUCCUCCAGCAGCCAACAUGGCUGAGGAUGACAGCGAGUGGGUUUUGGAGAGCAUCGUCGGCUACCUGGGAAGCCCCGAGUGGGUCAUUCCUGUCACUGACUUUAUGGAAAACAAAUGCACAGUUUUUGAUGACGAAGAAGAAAAUAAAUUGUCAUACACUGAAAUCCAUCAGCAAUAUAAAAACCUUGUGGAGAAGUUGUUAGAGAAUUAUAUGCAGGAAGUAGGAAUUAAUGAACAGCAGUUUUUGGAUGCAUGUACCUCCCCAUUUGCCAAGUCCAAAACUUUGCAGAUAGUGUUUCAACCUGUUUUGGCAACUGAUGACUUCCAGAUGUUCCGAUCACUUAUGGUGCAGAAAAACAUGGAACUUCAGCUCCAGGCUCUGAGGGUUAUGAAGGAGAGGAAUGGGGAGCUUCCUGAAUGUCUGACACAUGGGGCAGAUGUGAUGAGUGAACUGCAGCAGCAGGAGAUGAAGAUUCUUCACCAGGUUCUACAGAAGUCAAAGGAGGAGUAUGAGGAGGAGAUGUCCUUUAGGAUGCUGUUAGAUGAAGAGAAUGGUUCCACAUCCAGCAGCAGCUCAGAUAAACCACCGAGAGAGAGCAGUGAAGUAAAGGAGGCCUCCACUUCCAGCCAACAAGAAACUUCUGCCAAGGUCAGUAGCAGAACGGUCUCAUUUGAGGACAGCAAAAUGGCAGGUCAAGAAACAGCAGCAGAGAUGUCUUCAUCAAAGCACACUUUAGGAUCUACAAAUGGUGUGGAUCCAAUUGUCCUUCCAGCAGUAAGGCCACCAGUGAAGUCCAGUGCAUGCCCAGCCAGUGUCAGUCCCACCUCCAAGGAGUUGGAAGAGGUGCGGUUGGAGGCUGGUCUCUCUAAGCCAUAUACUGAGCUGCCAGAGUCAGAGCAGGAACAGCUUCAGCAAAGAGCCACAUAUCUCCGUCAACAGAGAGACAAACUCCAUGCUCUGAAAAAGGAGCAGCAGAAAAACAGACACAGUCCACCAGAGGAGGUGCCAUCGAGCCCAACAGCAGCACCCACUGCUCCGGAGAUCUCUGCAGAGGAGAAAAAGAGGCUACAGAAACGAAAACACCUAGCGGAAAAGUUGAAAGAAGAGGUAAUCAAAAAAUAAUGACCUUACUGCAAUAUUUAACAAUCAAGUAUCCUCCAGCCGUCCUCCACUGUAAAGUCACACAAGGCUUCCUGUACACCACCAACUCCUGACAUUUUGUGGACACAAAUACUGUAAAUCUUCUAAUAAAUCUUCACAAUGCAAAGGUGCAAGUAAUCAUUGCACUGCACAUGCCACAUGGAGUAUUUUGGACUGAUCUAUAAGUGCAUUACCUGGUAGAACAUGGAUGUCACCAGAUGAGAAGCCGAAGCACCAAGUAAAUACCACAUUCCUCAUACUUUUAGAUUUAUGCAUCAUGACAUUUGCAGUUUCUUAUAAUGCACAUUUGUUUUGUUAAGUCGUCCAAUUGCAGUUUUUCUUUUGUUAUGCAGUAAAGUGUCAACUUUUGUAGUAAUGUCUUUUUGUGUGCAUCUUGGCUGAAAAACGUCUUUUGCAUAUUAGUGUUGAAAAAGUUUUGGUGGGAACAAAAAUUCACUUUAAUCAUCUCAGUAUCUGUAAUACUGUGUACACUGAGUGGCAUAUA